AUGGGGAGAGUGAAGCUUCAGAUCAAGAGAAUAGAGAACACAACAAACAGACAAGUGACCUUCUCGAAAAGAAGGAACGGGCUGAUCAAGAAAGCUUACGAGCUGUCUGUUCUUUGUGAUGUUGAUGUAGCCCUCGUCAUGUUCUCUUCUUCAGGGAGACUCAGUUUCUUCUCUGGGGACAAAAGCAUUGAAGAGGUUUUGGAACGGUAUGUAGAACUUCCUGAUCAUGAGCGAGGAAGCCCUGUGAGUAGCGAUUCUCAACUCAAGGGUGUACAACAGGAGCUCCAGAAAUGCAUGUACCAGCUGGAGGAGCUGGAGAAACAACUCAGAAUAUAUGAAGGUAAUCCUUCAGAAAUCACCACUGCGAGGGAGGCCGAGUACCAGGAGCAGAUCCUUGAGGAAGCCUUGCGACACGUCCAGAUUCGGAAGCAAAUUUUGGAGGAAAAAUACGAUCCCACAAGUUCCCAGAAGGUACAUUUACGUCUAGCAGCUGGUGUGGAAAAUGGUUUUGCUGCAAGAAAUUUUAUCAUGUCAGAUAUGCUUCUCCAAGAAGACCCUCGGAUGCAGGUCCUGGAUGCCUUGGGCUCAAAUGUACUGCUUCCCUUGAGAGAUCAAUGGGAACCAGGAUUGGGAGUGUUACCACCAGUUGCAGCACUUCAUGAGCAAAUUGAAAAUCUUGAUCAUGAUAUUCGCCCCACAAAUGCCAUAGAACAUCACAGCAGCACUGAUCAUGCUGAGUUCGGACAACUUGUAGAUGCGGCUUACUCUUCCUGGACCGAUGGAUUUUGUCCAACAGGUAUCGCAAAAGAUUGA